AAACGCUCUCAACUUUAGCCGCAAAAUUCAGCCAAAAAAGUUCCAAAUAAAAAAGGAAGGGGAAAAAAACACUAGGAGCGGCAUCCACCACCGGAGCUCCUAUCGGCCCAUCCCUCUGUGUCAACCCCCUCCGGAAAAAAUUUAUUUGCAAUCCAGUCCCUGGCCGGCGGCCCUUGCAGCGGCUCCCGCUCGCCGGAGGAAUCCACCCGUCUCCUUGCUCUGCGGCGGGGUCAUGGGGUUCUCGCUGUACCCCAUGAAGACGUCCACGCGCGUUCUCUGGAGCACCAGCUUCUUCCGCCAUAAGCUCGCCUCCUCCUGCUGCUUCAUCUGAGCCAGCCCAACACCGCCCUCGAUCGCCUCGGCGGCGGCCGCUGCUGCGCGGAUUUUCAAAGCAGGCGUUUAAGAGUGUGUGUUUGUGUGCGCGCGUUUGCGUUUCAAGAUUGGGUUUUGUUUCGUUCUUUGGGAGGAAGGGGCAAGGAGAAGGAGAGGGCAAGAAGAAGAACAAGAAUCAGCAUGGAUCCGGGCCGCGUCGGCGUCGACUCGGGCGGCGCGCGGCGGGGCGGCGGCGGGGGCGGCGCGCAGAUGCUGCUCUUCGGCGGCGGGGGCAGCGCCAACAGCAACGGCUUCUUCCGAGGUGUUCCGACGGCGGUUCUGGGCAUGGACGACGCGGCGCGCGUGGGCAAGCGGCCGUUCUUCACGACGCACGAGGAGCUCCUGGAGGAGUACUACUACGACGAGCAGGCGCCGGAGAAGAAGCGCCGGCUGACGGCGGAGCAGGUGCAGCUUCUGGAGCGGAGCUUCGAGGAGGAGAACAAGCUGGAGCCGGAGCGCAAGACCGAGCUGGCGCGCCGGCUGGGGAUGGCGCCCCGCCAGGUGGCCGUCUGGUUCCAGAACCGCCGCGCGCGCUGGAAGACCAAGCAGCUCGAGACCGACUACGACCGUCUCAAGGCUGCCUACGACGCGCUCGCCGCCGAUCACCAGGGCCUACUCGCCGACAACGACAGCCUCAGGGCACAGGUAAUCUCCCUGACAGAGAAGCUGCAAGGCAAGGAUACAUCCCCAUCGGCGACCAUCACUGCCCAAGAGGUUGACCAGCUGGACGAGCACACUGUGGCGUCAGGCACUGAGAAGCUGCUGGUGCAGCUCAAGGACGACCACCUCAGCAGUGGCGACUGUACCGGCCACGGUACCCUCUCAUCUGAGGAAGAGGACGGUGGCGUGAUCAGCGAUGAGGUAUGCAGCUUCGACCUUCCAGAUGCCUUGUUCGCUGCUGUUGGGGUCACCCAUCGUGGCGCUGAGGAAGCGCAGCUGUGCAACUGGAACUCCUGGUUGUGGAACAACUGAUCAUCGGUGGAUGGCUGGAUGGAUCCAUGCCCCAUGUGCGAAGGAGCAAGUUCUCCCCUGGUUUCGACCCUUUUCUGUACCGUAUAAUUACUGUGUUAAUUAUGUUCCGCCAAAUGUUUUUGUGUGAUGAAACAGAACUGGUGUUGUAAGUUUACGUUUUUGAAGAUUUUAUGUGUUCACAUAUAAUAAUAUGUUUUGAACAUGAGAGUUGAAAGGUUGGAUGAGUGGACAUGUUGACUUGUUGUGCAAUAGCAGGCCUAUUGUUUUGUUUCAA